CUGAAGCUGGAAACAAGCCCCAAACCCCAACAAAAAUAUGAACGGCAAUUAAGCGGGAGAAAGCUGGAAAAACUGAACAAUAUGACUCACCUGUCAGCGACGUCGAUUUUGAUGCUGAUUCUGCAAGUGGUGCAAUUGCAGGUGGUGCCCAUCCUGUCGACGAGUCCCACUCCCGUCACUCAUCCGAUGUCAGUUGACAGUUUCGAGGGGCUCAGCAGCACCCUGCACAAACAUUCCGACAGCCGCAUCCAAAGUCCCGUGUCCAUGCUGGGCAACAAAUUCGAGGACGAGAGCAGCACCAACAAUGCCACAAGGAUUCUGCGGCGUGGCAAGCGUUAUCUUCAAUUCGGCAAGGGAUCACGUAUGUCGUGGCGCACCAACGGCAAGAAUAAUCUGUGGAACAUCAACACACUGUGGGCCUACGGCUAUGGAUUCCGCGCCAAUUAUCCCUUUCCGUCCAUCGAGGACCAGAAAAAGGAUAAUGCGGUCUUCUUUCGCCUUUUCAAGAGGGACCUCUUCUCCAAACUGGAGACGGCUUUGGAUGGACACGGCUUCGAUGGGCGAGCUUGCAUGUUAAAAUCAUUCUGCACCGCCUUAAAUGAUGUGGAUAAACCCAAACAAAAGAGCGGAAUGCUCUUCAAGAUGCUUAAAUUGAUAUUCAGUCGAGCCAAGCGAUAUCUGGAUAUAAUAGAAACCUCUCGAAUAUUUGUGGGUAAUCUAAGAAUUCUUAUUCCGUUUUACCAUCCAAGUUUGUUAUUCAUUUUAAAGUUCCGCGUUAAUGCCAAGAACAAUGUGAUCAAAUCGCCGGUUGUGUGGGCCCAUGGCUACGGCUUUCGAGCCAACACCCCGAUUUUGGUCAAGAGGGAGAACCGACCCUUUCGCAGGGACACGUAUGAGUUGCUCCACGAACUGAUAGAUCGAAGUGGCUUGGAUGGGCGAGCCUGUGUGCUCAAGGCCUAUUGCACCGCUUUGGGCGGCGAUCAUGGCCAGGGAUUUCUGUUUAAGCUACUGAAAUACGUGUUUACCCUGGAUGAGCACGACAAGCGACACAUGCCGCAUUUGCGGGAGGAGAACUGCGAACAAAUCAUGCACAGCCAUUGUCCCUUGAGCUUCGAUAGUAUAUCACCAUACACGGACGAUGUUUAAUGUUGUUUGUACUCGUAUGGUAUUGUUCGCCCCCCAAUUGUUGAUCUAAGCAUUGCAAAAUAAACAGAACCGAGAUUGAAUUGGACAUCAUAAAAUAAAUAUAUGCACAAGCCCAUUGAA